UCAUUUCCCCUGUUUUCCCCCCGCCGGCGCCAACUAGUCUUUCAUCCAUCUCCGUUAACCGCUGACAUAGACCGCUCAUAACCGAAGAGGGUUCUAAGUCUUAAGUCUACGGAGCACAGAGUCAACUGAGUCAAGGCCGGUCGAGGGGACGACGAUUCGUACUCUCGUGCUCGCUGAUGUUGGAUCUUCAGCUUCCUAGCGGCAAUGGCAGCAGCAGAAGACCAUGAUCAUUUCUCAUCUCUCCUCUAAACGCAGUAAGUUUCUUGCUUUAGCUUCUGCCUGAUUCCUUUUCGGAAACAUGUUUCGCCCAAAUCGAAUCUACCCAUGAAAGAUUUGGAAAAAGGAAAAAAAGAAAGCGACUUGACCAGGGAAUCAGUGAAAUUGUCGGGGACGAUGAGGAGACAUAGAACUAGCUUCUAGAUGAGUGCUGCAGUUUUUCAUUUGGGAUGGCUGUGAGCUGAAUUCUGAGAUUCGGUUUCUUGUUUUGCAUCCAUGAUGUAUUGAGGUAUGACAUAUGUAUGUUACUACGGGUCUUUGCAGCCAUCUUUGAGUCGUCGGUAUAACGCAUUGGAUUGGAUUGGAUUGGAUCGGAUCGCGGCUGUUGAAUACUGUGGAAGAUUUGCAGAAUUGAAGGCUUUUUCAAAGUUCAAAGAUUGACUUUACCAACAAUCUGCUGAGCGAUGGAUGGGCAAGUGCUGAAAAGUUCUCGGGCGAAUUGUGUGGAUGAUUAUUGGGAUGAGGAGCAACUGUUACUUCACUAUCAUUUCUUUGGUGAAGCUGGCCACCCACAACAUGGAAACCCUCAAUUCCCAAUUGAUGAAGCUUUAGCUAGGCAGUUGCAGGAGGGUGAUUGGGACAUUCCGGUUGAUGAAGCACUCGCCAGACAAUUGCAGGAGCUAGACGGGGUUUGGGAUGGAACGGAUGAUGAUGCUCUAGCUUUACAGUUGCUGGAGAUGCAGAAUUCAUUGGGAACAAUGUCGUUGAGCAAACCUCGUAGAACCGCAACAAGACCAGGGAAAACUCUCCAUGGAUCAAGUUCUUCUUCGGCUGCAAAUCAGGACAACAUUGACAUUGAUAAUAUGACGUACGAGGAAAUUAGUCAGUUACAAGAGUCGAUCGGUGAAGUCAGCAAAGGUCUGUCGAAGGAAGUAAUGUCCAGGCUGCCAACUUACAAAUACAAAUCUUCAAGGAGAGGGAGAAAGUUGAAAGACGAUGACAUAAAGUGUGUGAUAUGCCAAACCGAGUUCAGCAAUGGGGACAAGCUGAUCGCUUUGUCCUGCCUGCACAAAUUUCACGACGAUUGUAUCAGAGGCUGGUUCAAAAACGAAAAGACUUGCUGCAUUUGCAAGGAGGAGGUCGACGUUUGAUUUCGGGUUAUCGGAUUCGCGACAGAAGAGAUCCACUCUAUUUCUACCGUCCUGUUUUCUGUAUUAACAAUUAGAGUGCAGUUCUUUCAUGCUGUUCAAUAUCUCUUCUCUUCUUAUAAACAAGUUCAGCUUCAUUCUGCUUACCACUAUCAUUCAUGUAAUGGAUAGAGAAUGAGUAUCACUGGAGCUGCUCAGAACUUGAUAGCUAGCUAUAACAGGGCAGGUGUUGGUGUUGGUAAUGUUGUUUAUAAGGUUCUCUUUCGACUCUUUCCCAACUCUUAGACGGCCAUAAAGCAGAGUAAUUUGAUAAAGGAACAUUGUUAAU